GAACGAAGGAAGAAGAAGAAGGAUGGGGUACGUGUUGAGGGUAAGAUUGGCUUCUUUCUUCGCCGGAGCUGCGACUGCGUCUUUUAUCGGACUCUCUGUUCUCUACAAGGAUUACAAAGUCGCUCACGAAUCGAUUUCUCAGCAGGCAAAGUCUUUUCAUGACUCUCUGGAUAGAAGGAUCUCUACUCUUGAAAGCUUGAGACAAACUGAAGCUCCUCAACUUGCUGAGACAACUGAAUAGUAUCUGUUUCGACAUUGACAAUUUCUGCUUGGCAAUGAUGUUUUGAGUUGAGAUGCUCUUUUUCGCUUUUAUGAAUAACUUGGGAGUUCUUGUAUGACUCUACUGUUAUGAAACAAUGGAGUUAAGGUAGUCUACAAUGGAUUUAAACUUGCUGUAACACUUGCCAUGAAAAAUUUGUGUUCCAUCUAUUUUUUUGGAUUUAGUAAACUAGUACCAUCUUG